UAUGGAUUCAAUUUUCGGCUUAUAAGGAGGUGAUUUUGUAAUUGUUGCAUGCGAUGGUAGCAUUGCUCACAGCAUUUUAAAAAUUAAGGAAACUGAAGAUAAAAUUCUUAAACUUGAUGAUCAUAAGAUUUUUGGUAUUUCAGGUGAAGGAGCUGACAGAAAUUCUUUUGGUGAAUUAGUACAUAAGAAUCAUUCUCUUAUAAGAUAUAAAACAGGUGCAUACAUGAAUCUUAAAGAAACUGCUCAUUUUGUUAGGUAUUGUAAUUAAUAAAUCAUUAAGAUCCAUGUAUGCUUAAGCCAUCAGAUCAAGAGAUGGCCCUCAUUAAUGUAAUGGCUUAUUAGGAGGAGUAGAUUCAGAUGGUACACCUUCACUUUAUUGGCUUGAUUAUUUGGGAUCUCUAUAAAAGAUUACAAGAGGAGCUUAAGGGUAUGCAAAUUACUUCCUAUUGGGUUUGUUGGAUAACUAAUAUAAACCUGUAUUUAAUUGAUUAUUAUAAUAAGAAUUUAACAAAAGAAGAAGGAAUUGAAAUAAUAAAGAAAUGCAUUAAAGAAUUAUAAACCAGAUUUCUGAUUGCUUAAAAUAAAUUCAUCGUUAAGAUUGUUACCAAAUAAGGAAUUGAAACAUUCACAUUAUGAAC